GGUCUGUUUCAUCAUACGCCUCUCUCUGGCAUUACCAUGAGUGGUGGCAGUGCCAACGGUACAAGUGGCGGUGGGGGUGGCGGUUCAGGGAGGGCCAACUUUCGCAGUCCACUUGGAUGUUGUAUAUGUGGCACUAAAUCCUCCAGUUCUCGAUUCACAGCCAGCGCCCGUUAUUCUAAUUAUUUCUCUGCUUGCUUUGGUCAUAACGCAGCCUUGCGUCAAGGUGAUCUCUGCAACGCAUGUGUUCUUUGUGUCAAGCGAUGGCUUCAGCGGGGCAAGGCGCCAGAACAUUUUUCCCAUCCGUAA